AUGGCGGAGAUAAGAUUUUCGAUGUUUUACAACAAACGUCCACUAAUAAUUAGAACUAUUAUAUUAUUUAUAUUAGUAUUAAUAACUUUAUUGUACGUGACCAUGGUUUAUUUCAGUAAACAGGAUCUCAUGCCAACUGUCAGUAAUGCAGAUUGUCCCGACAACAAAUUUACUAGUUCAAGAUUGGUGUGGCCGGAACAAUUACCGCGUGGUGACAGAAUUAUAGAACAAAUGUAUUACGUGCCUAAGGGUUACAAGUACCUGAAGACACCAAUCAAACGGAUUUUAAUCUAUACCGGCGCCGGCGCUACAUGGGAGGUGCCAAAACUCGACCAAGGCGAGUUCUUUGGAUGUCCCGUGAGUCAAUGUUGGUUGACGUUAAAUAAGUCACUGGGUCCGGAAGUCGACGCGGUGAUUUUCAGGCAUUUUUACAGUCCCCCUGAAUACUGGAGGCCACCCAAACAGAUUUGGAUUUUAUAUAACACCGAAGCUCCGUAUUCCACGUUGCCCGUAAGCGACGCACACGUAUUCAAUUGGACGGCUAACUACCGCUGGGACAGUGAUGUACCACGUCCUUACAGAUAUUUCAUGAAAUAUAAUCCGCCUCUGCCUCAGGACGGGGGAAAAAAUUACGCUGAACAUAAAACUAAGAAAGUGGCGUGGUUCGUCUCGAACUGCAAUCCGAAUAGUAAUCGUACGAUUUACGUACAGGAACUCGCUAAGCACAUUUCGGUCGACGUGUAUGGCGGUUGCGGGACGCUCCAAUGUCCCAAGACAAAAGAAGAGGAAUGCUUUGAGAUGCUAAAAAAUAAUUAUAAAUUUUAUUUGUCUUUUGAAAACUCGCAUUGCGUUUAUUAUGUAACCGAAAAAUUGUUCCGGAAUGCACUGAGUUACAACGUUUUGCCAAUCGUCAUGGGACCAAAGCGGAGCGAUUACGAAUUGAUGGCACCAAAAAAUUCGUUCAUACACGUCGACGACUUCGAAUCGCCAAAAAAGCUGGCCGAUUAUUUGCACUUGUUAGACAACGACGACCGUCUUUACAACGAGUACUUCCAGUGGAAGGGCUCGGGCACGAUAAUACACGACACGCGUUUUUACUGCCGGCUGUGCGCUAUGCUCCACGACACGGAACGCGCGCCCAGACACUACACAGACGUCAACGAGUGGUGGAGAGGCCCGGGCACGUGUGUCGCCGUUGAAUACGUCGGCGAUAAUUAA